AUGCGGCCCGCCAAAAGAAUUCAUGCGGACCCGCUAAAAGAAUUCAUGCGACUCGCCAAAAGAAUUCAUGCGACUCGCCAAAAGAAUUCAUGCGGACUCGCCAAAAGAAUUCAUGCGACUCGCCAAAGUUCAUGCGGCCCGCCAAAAGAAUUCAUGCGACCCGGCGAAAAGAGUUCAUGGCCUGCCAAAGAAUUCAUGUGGACCUGCCAAAAUAAUUCAUGCGGCCCGCUAAAAGAAUUCAUGCGACUCGCCAAAGAAUUCAUGCGACUCGCCAAAAGAAUUCAUGCGGCCUGCCCAAAAGAGUUCAUGCGGCCCGCCAGUAAUCUCGCCGAAGAAUUCAUGCGGCCCGCCAAAAGAAUUCAUGCGACUCGCUGCAAAGAGUUCAUGGCCCGCCAAAGGAAUUCAUGCGACUCGCCAAAGAGUUCAUGGCAACGGCCCGCUAAAAGAAUUCAUGACCCGCCAAAAGAAUUGCGCGGCCCGCCAAAGAAUUCAUGCGGCCCGCCAAAAGAAUUCAUGCGACUCGUCAAAGAGUUCAUGACUCUGCGAGUUCAUGCGGCCCGCCAAAAGAAUUCAUGCGACUCGCCAAAGAGUCGCGGCCCGCCAAAGAAUUCAUGCGACUCGCCAAAGAAUUCAUGCGACUGA